AUGGAGGGUGGAGGGAACCAAGGUAGAGGUGGUGAGGGAUUUGGUGAUGGCCAUGGUAGCGGAAGGGAUCGUGGUGGACUAGGUGGCUAUAGCGGAGUUGGAGAUCGCAAUGGCUUUGGCGGCAAGAAUGAAUUCGGCAAUUAUAAUGUUGGGUACAACAAGAGCUACAAUAAUGGACACUAUGCCAAUGGUGGUUGCAAUAGUGGUGAGUUUUAUGAAGGCGGCCCUGGGUUUAACCCAGGAUAUGGUGAAGGAUUUGGCAAUGGCUAUAGUGGUUGUGGUCGCGGGUGGUCACGACACAGUUGGGCUCACCAUGGUUGA